AUGGACGAGAGCGAUGAUCUCUUCUUGGACGAGGGUCCGGCCGAACGCCGUAGACAGGAAAAGAUGCAUCGCAGAGCCUACUUGGAGCUUUUCUUGAAAACGCACGGGUUUAAAGAUGUGCAUCGUGCUCGGCCAGGGCAGGGUUGCCUUUCGAACCGUGAAUCCGUCUACCCGAUCCAUGUCGCUGCCAAGUAUGCUGAUGUGGAGUUGCUACGGAUGCUCUUGGCGAAGAAGGUCGACCUUUUCAAGGAGACCUCCGCUGGCCGCACCGCCUACGAGAUCGCGGCGCAAGCCAAUCGACAGGGCUCACACGACGAGGCUCUGCGAAGAACGGGUCGAAGAAGACCCUAA